AUGUCCGGAAAUUCAAUAUUGCCGGCUUCUGACAGGAGGAGCCCCUUUUAUAUCAAUGUGCCCCCACACGACGCCAAACCCAUAACCUACCUUAUCUCUUAUUUCAAAUUAUGGAAGCAUUUUGUGGCAUCCUUGAUUGUGUACUUGAAAGACUUGGUGAAGGCGAAAGAGUUCGAGCUGAAUUUGAACCUUCAGCUCAUAGGAAGUAUCCAAUUCCCUGGCUUCAAAGACUUGCCAUACAAAUGCCUCUCAAGUAUGGAGCAACAGCUUCCUUCCCCAACGACUACCCAGACUUCAACCCCCAAAAACGAACCCAAUGCUUCGGGGGCACAACAGGCCGCGGGAUUAUCAAAGGACGCGAACCGUCCAAACUUGCCCAAGACAAAGUCCUCCUCAUCCUUUUUGAAAAAUCUGAGCUUCGCACAUAGAAAGACAGGCAGUCUUUCAAAUUUGGUUCCUGAAGGCUCAGCGACGUCUGUAUCCUCGCACCAUAAACAGCCGGCCAACACUAAGGUCUCAGGAAGCAAGACUAAUGCACCACAGACAACUAGCUCUUCUAUUCUUGCAGCAAAGCUUGCUCCCAAAUCGGACGUGACCAUCGACUCCACUUUCUUCCCUCCAGACUCUUUGUUCACCAACAUGGGAUCUUCGCUCGUCAAGGAUCAUUUCAGUACCUACUCUGCGCAAGCUAAGUUAUGCCGUGAGAUUACACACAAACUUCUCCCUAAACUUGAAAGCUUGCAUAAAAACAUCGGGGUCAAAAUAAAAGAGAUCAAGACCUCUUUGAAAAACGAAUCUUUUGCCAAUGCAACUUUGAUCAAAGAGGUAUCCAAGACAGGCAACUGCCUUACAAACUUUGUUAACUCUGUCAAUCGUUACUCGUCACCACAACCAGUUAUUAGACGGAAUGACACAGAAGAUGAAGAUGAGGCCGUUUCCUUGAAUGACCCCUUCCUUGUCAAGUUGGAUUUAGACUACCAAAUCAAAAACCAGUUGAUCCACGAAAACUACAUUUUCGCCCUGUACGUGAAUCUUCAGACCAUAUCCAAGGACCUUUUCAACUAUGUGGUAAAGGACCUACACUCAGUGACAGAGAAGUUAAUUAAAUCGCUCACUUCUGAGGCGGUCUACGCAACAACUCUUGAAAAUUGUUUGUUCAAUCUCGGCGCGACACUCAAAGGCAAACUCAAAUCCCUGGACUAUGACUGGCAGUACUUCAUGGUCCAUAACCCUAACUUCUUAAAUGUUUAUUACAACGAUGAAAAAUCACCCAGAAAGGAAACCAGAACUUUUAAGGACAUCGUUAUUCCCUAUUCAAACUCGGUUCAUAACAAAUGUUUACGUUGCGGCUACUUACACAAAAAGCAGAAAGUCAUGAAGUCAUACGUUUCUCAUUUCUACCUUUUGACCUGCAAUUACUUGCAUGAGUUCAAAGUUGAAAAUCAUACGGAAAAAGCCCAAAAGAACGAGUCUUCAAACUCGUCUAUCCGUAAGAAGGCAAAGGGUAAGAUCGGGGGAGUCGUGGAUCAUGAAAGCACCCCCGUGAAAUCAUAUAAUUUGAACGACUACUCAAUUCAAGUUAGAAACGAGAAAGAGUUUAAAUUUGUGUUGACCAAGACGUCGAACUCAAGUCAAAAGUUCACAUUCAAGUGCCAAAACGAAACUGAUUUCAAAGCGUGGUCUACAGAUUUGCACGACUUGCUCAAGUUUUCGAGUCAACACAUCAAAAGGUUUAAUUUCAUUGAGGCCAAGAUGGCCCACAGAGAUCUGGACUUGAAUCUCGGCAAACUCUUGCCUGGAGAUGCAUCACUUGACAAAAUUCAGUCAUCGAGCCUUACUGGUAUGUUCACACCGAAAAUUGAAUCGCCAAGCAAUCAAAAUCAAAAUCCUUUCGAGGCUGGGUUUGAGCAAUCCUUACCUUUGGGUGGCACCCCUCUGGAGAAUACCAAUUUUGUCUCGUCGGAGCAUGGUUCAGAAUCUCCACAUGCGCAUAGUCCUUUGAACAGCAAUUCUCGUGCAGAAAGUCCCGUCGAUCAUCAAAGCGAACACGAGCAUUACCUCAGGCUCCAGAACGAGAUCAUGCUUCAGCAAGAGCAGCUUUUACUUCUUGGGUCCGCCGGUGGUGACAGGCCAUCAAUGUCUAGACAUUCUUCAACGGAAUCCAUUUUGUCAGUCAUGGAGCAAAACAAUCAUAAUCUCUCACAAUUCUUGAAUAAGAACCAGGAUUUCAUGAGAGACUUUGGAGAGCAUCGCCCUAGUGACGGAAGUAUAGCCCUGGUGCCUUCUGUACAUGUUCUGCACCACGAAGCAGAUUAG